GUAACUUUCAUGAGUUGUGAAGUAAGCCAGGAUAAAUCAGAAACACAGCAGGCAGGGGAGCCGAGAGCUAAGAGAAGCCGUCUUGAAACUGUAGCGCAAUACCGUAUAAAAACCGAUUUGGGUGUGGAUACAGUGAGAGCACCCCUCCCUGAUGGUUGGGUUGAGAUUCCGCACCACAGUGGAAUGACUGUGUACUUCCACAAAAUGACAAGAGUAUGCAGCUGCUCUCGACCGUAUUACGCAUCGCAGCAGUCAAGCGUUCGGAGCUGUCUGAUUCCACUGUCUGCCAUACCCUGUCUGGAACGGAAGCAAAUGCUGAAACGAAGUGAUCAGCAAACUGAUGAAAGUUGUUCAACAGGAAAAAGUACAACACUAGAAAACGAGGAGCUUAGAGAGUAUUUAAGAAAAUUGUGGCAAUUUGAUGUUAGAGAAAUUUCUCGCAAGAGACGUUUGGAGGAAUGUAUAAAGCCAGCGGUGAGUAAGCGAGAUGCAGCAGACGUAUCACUAACACAUGAAAGUCGAGAAUCAACUGUGACAGAAAAGAUCACUAAGCUUCCAAUAGUUAAGACUGCAGGACGACCACCCCAAGCGAUUUUGCACGACUACUGUGAGAGAGUUUUGAAGUCUGCUUGCGAAUGGACUUUCAAGGAAGGUGAAGGAUCAUUCGUAGCGGAGGUCUUUGUUGGUGCCAGUGAAGAGAGGAAGAGAUAUGGACAAGGAGCAGGAAGAAGAAAGACGGAAGCAAAGAAGAGGGCAGCGGAGGAAGCUCUUUCAGUCCUCAUGCCUGAGUUCAAGUCAAACUACAAUCAGGUGGAUAAGAUAAAGGAGUGCAAGGGGUUGAAAGUCGAUGAUGUCCGCGUUGUUGAAAUGAGCAGUGCUGCUGGUGUGGAUACUUCUUACAUGUUGCUGUGCGAGUUCGUUCGUCGACACAAACUUAUUAUGGACAUGAAAAUUGAGUUUAAUGUGACCGAGUGUAAGGGUGGCGUAAAAUAUGAAAUGGUGUGCGGUCAGCACAGGGUCGAGGGAAUGUCAUCAAACAAGCAAAUGGCAAAGAAUGUUGCUGCACAAGAUAUAUUAAGGCUAUUUCAUCCUCUGUUAUCCAGCUGGGAGGAUCUUCUCAAACUAUAUAGUAAAGACAACGAAAUGAAUCAGAUCAGUCGACACGACGAAGAAGUUAAACAUCUUGCGAAAACAGAGACAACUCAACUAAAUCAAAAAUUGCUUGACAAGUUGAAAGAGGAAAUGAAAAAAUUGGCCAGAAAUAGAUCGAGUGAUGCUGAAUUGAAAUAUGAAUCAAAUUCAGAUACUGCGUAGAGCUGGUGACGAAUGAGGUUGAAGUCGGUAUGUAUUGUGUAGGCUAGAUGUGCACAUGUAAAUUGUACAUUUGUACAGCAGUGUUAUUUCUGGAUGUAAAAAUGUGUUCAACACACUUUGCUCUGUUUUUCAUGUUA